AUGUUAGAGCGUAGCGGGAAAAGUGGCAACAUGGGUGAUACGAAUUUGAUGAUCGCCCGAUCAGCGAUUGUUUUGGGAAUGGUAGCGGCAGUAGCAACAAUUAUAUAUUUCACCCCCGUACCAAAUCAAAACUUCAAGAGCUGUGAUAGACCUUGCCAUGAUCUAGAUUGGCCAAUGAUAUGUAGAGUAACACUAAAUAUAGAAAUGUUUCAAACUAAUUUAAUAUGCGAAGACUGCCACACCAACUCGUCCUCCUGCGUCCAGACCUCCUGUCCCACACCAGCAACCACAACCACAACCAGAAGCAUCAUAACCGUCAACCGUCAACUCCCAGCUCCACCAAUCCACGUCUGCCACAACGACAUCCUGAUCAUCGACGUGGCCAACAGAAUCGAAGGCCACACCCUCUCCCUGCACUGGCGAGGUCAGCCUAAUCACGAGGCACCCUUCAUGGAUGGAGUGCCUCUGGUCACCCAGUGCCCCAUAUCCAGCUACACCACCUUCCAGUACAAGUUCAGAGCCUCUUCACCCGGAACGCACCUGUACCAUGCCUACUCGGAUGCUGACAGGUCCAACGGCUUGUUUGGUGCUCUGGUUGUACGUAGAGCCAAGAAGACAGAGCCGCUGAGGAAGCUCUAUGACGUGGAUGAUGAUCAACACGUGGUGCUGUUGUCAGAGUGGACUGAUAGCUCUAAGAGUCUGCAAAGCCCUAGUAGCAUCCUGAUUAAUGGAAAAGGACCUAAUGGGUCCCUAACUUCAUUCAUUGUAACCAAAGGAAAGAGACACAGGUUCCGUGUCGCUCACACUGGUGGGAUCAAAGGCUGUCCUAUAACUGUAAGCAUCGACAACCACUUACUGAAAGUUGUAGCUGUGGAUGGGAACCCGAUCAAUGCUCAGGAAGUGUCUUCGAUCACUUUAUCAAAGGGAGAAAGAUUAGACUUUGUGCUGAAAGCUAACCAAGCAGCUGGUGCUCAUUACUUGAGAGCUUCGUCGACUUGUGAUGGUAAAGAGAUCAGUGGUGGGGCGAUAGUGAGUUACCUUGGUACGAGUGAUGGGGUUACCGUGGGAAAGAAGCUGGGUGGAAUGAGAGAUCCCAGGAGGUUCAGGACUUCCUUCUGUGGGAAUAAAGAUGGAGAUGUUUGCUUGGGCGCUGUGAGGUCGAUGGAGAAGAUGGCAGAGGAAUUGGGAGGAGACGUUGACAGGAAGUUCUAUAUUGGUUUUGACCAUAUUCAUAAAGAUGUUGAAUUCGAUCAGACUGGUUUUACCAGUGUUCGAAUGCAAGUUCACAGACUCAACAACAUUUCCUUCACAUUUCCCCCUUGUCCCCUACUAACCCAGCCAGGAGACGUUCCCCUGGAUCUGAUGUGCAACGAAUUCAAUUUGCCCGAUAGAUGUAAAGGAAAGGACACUUGCGAGUGUGUCCAUCUGGAACACAUCCCAUUGGGGAGCCGGACCGAGAUCGUCCUCAUCGAUGAGAGUGGAGAUGAAGAAGAACAUAUUUUUCAUUUGCACGGUCAUCAGUUCUACGUGCUAGGAUCACGGAUUUUUGACAAACCACUGGCAAGAGCAGACGUGAGAAAAUUGGACCAAGAAAACAAGUUGUUGAAAAGAAACUUGAUGCAUCCGGUUCUGAAGGAUACCAUAAGAGUGCCUCGAAAUGGGGUAGUGGUCAUAAGAUUUCUAGCCAACAAUCCAGGUUUUUGGAUGUUGAGGGAUGAGAAAUCGGAAGCUUGGACUAGAGGAAUGGACAUAGCUUUCCAAGUGGGAGAACUAGCAGAUGUGGUGUCGACACCUACAGCUUUUCCAACAUGUGGGAAUUUCAUUGGACCACAAUUUUUCCUAGUCUGA